AUGAUUCCCAAGCUGAUCGCACUCUUCGCUUGUGCGAGCCUUGCUUCCGCCAACCCCGUAGUCUUAGCCAGGGCUGUUACCUCCCUUGAUGAGUCCGCUUUUGCUGAGGCUCAACAACGUGACGACACCGCAACCAGGGCCGCGUCCAACAUCAACAUCAAGACUUCUGACGGCAAAUGCCUCUCUGUCGACAAGCUCUCGGGCGACUUCCGGGCCAACCUCACCCCUAUCAAGGUUGAGCAAUGUGGAUCGACAGACGGCCAAGGAUGGGACAUCAUUACUGCCGGGAAGCAUAUUUCUGCCCCUCAAUCGAUGCUCAUUGUGAGCACUUCGACAAACGCUUGCUUCAACUUCGACCCUCGCCGCGCUGCAGGCAACCAGGUCCUUCUGUUCUCUUGCGGCGGCAGGGCUGAUGGAGGUGGUGCUGAGACAAACUCUCAAAUCUUCCCAUUUAGCCAGCCAGACGGCCCUCAGUCGUUGCAGCCGCAGAACGCCCAAGGGAAGUGCCUGGCCGUAAAGGACAAUGUCGUGGACAUUGCCGACUGCAGUUCCGGGGAUGCGACACAGGAGUUCCUCUUUAGCGGUGAGGCCACUCGUGCCUCUGGCAGUGCCUCUGGCAUUGCCUCUGGAAGUGCUGCAGCUAAGGUGCCUAGAACCACCGGUGCUGCAUCACAACCUCAGGCCACCGGUGUCACAGGAGUCAACACGGCCCAACCUGCAGCAGUUUCGGGUGCUGGCAACACGCUUGAUCAGGCCGCAGUAGACGAGGCCCAACAACGCGAUGACACAGCCGUGCGAGCAGUCAGCAAUACCAAGAUACGCGCUCCCAAUGGCCAAUGUCUCACCGUGGACCCUACCGCGGGCGAUUUCAGGAUGAACCUCAUCCCUGUGACCUUUGCGGACUGUUCCAAUCCUACGACUUGGGACUUGAUCACUUCGGGCAAGCACAACGACGGUAGUGGCGGCGAGGCGGCCCUGAUUGUGAGCACCGCCACUCAGGGCUGUAUCUCUGUUGAUCCUCGAAGGCAAGGUUUUGACCAAGUCAACUUGUUCUCCUGUGGCGGCAGAGCUGACGGGUCGGGAUUGACAAAUCAGGGGCAACUGUUUCCGUUCACAGGUGAAGAGAGCUUUGCGUUAGCGCCGCAUGGCGGAGGUCGUUAG